AUGGAAAACGGCACUCUUACCAAGACUGAUCAUGAAAAGACCCAGGUUCUGAACAAGUUCUUUACAAGUGUCUUCACAAAGGAGGACCUUACCAAUGUCCCUAGCAUCAAUGAUCACGAGGGAAUAAUGGAGCUGGACACCUUCCAGAUCACUGAAGAAGAAAAACAGAGUGACAUGAAUGGAUACAGUACCGAGUCCAGUCAGCAGAGUGAAGCUGCUGCAAUGCUGGGGAAAAAAGAGAAACCGCACCGCUGUGACCAGUGUGAAAAAUCUUUCACCCAGGUGUCCACUCUAAGGAGACACCAGCGUCUUCACACAGGAGAAAAUCUGCAUAUUUGUGACCAGUGUGACAAAGUGUUUUACACUUUGCAUAACUUAAAGACACAUCAGGUUAUUCACAGUGGAGUGAAACCAUAUGUCUGUCACCAGUGUGGGAGAUGUUUCAAACUGUCACCACAUCUAAAAGCACAUCAACUAAUCUACAGCGAAGGACGAUCAUACACCUGCGACCAGUGUGGGAGCACUUUCAGUCUCCCGUGUGGACUAAAAUCUCACAUCAAAAUUCACCAUCGGAAAAAGACCUACAGAUGUGACCAGUGUGAUGCGACAUUCUGUGUGAUGUCUGACUUAAGAAAACACAAACUCACUCACAGUGAAGAUAAACUGCACCCCUGCGAUCAGUGUGGGAGAGUUUUCAACCGGGCAUCGAUCCUGAAGUGCCACCGUCGAAUCCACGUUGGGGUCAAACCGCACAAAUGUGACCAAUGUGACAGAGCUUUCUACACGUCGUCGGACUUAAAGAAACACAAGCACGUGCACAGUGGAGAUAAACCUUACGUCUGUGACACGUGUGGGAGAACGUUCAGCCUGUUAUCAACCCUGAGGUCACACCAGCUCAUCCACAGUGAAGAUAAACCGUAUACCUGCGACAAAUGUGGGAAGGGUUUCCGUCAUUCAAGUACAUACAAGAAUCACCAGCGGAUCCACAACAGAGACACAACAUACGCUUGUGACCAGUGUGGGAAGAGAUUAUAUUCGUUGCCGUCACUGAAGUCUCACCAGCGCAUCCACUCUGGGGAAAAACCAUACCAGUGCACACAUUGUGAGAAAAACUUCAUGAGAUUGUCUUCGUGGAUCACCCAUCAGCGUGUUCACACGGGAGAGAAACCAUUCAGCUGUGACCAGUGUGACAAGAGUUUCAGUCAGAAGUAUUCCUAUAUAGUUCACAAACGUAUGCACACCGGGGAGAAACCGUAUCAGUGUCAGCAUUGUGCCAAAAGUUUCAUUUCGUCAUCCAAGCUCUCCAGACAUGAACGCAUCCACAGUGGGAACAAACAGUACUGGUGUGCAGAAUGUAAAAAAAGCUUCUCCACCUUAGAUCACUGGAAGACACAAGAAACUUCUAAACACAGGAAGCGAUGCUCCUCUCUCUGCAUGGUCAAGCUGGAGUGGUUCUGCUUCCAGACUCAGGUGUUCACCAAGUUGCUGAUAUUCUCUGAUGAGAAGUCGCAGCUGUACCAGACUGAUGAGGAGGUGAUGAAGAAAAGCCCGUCACAGUCCUCAUACCUAAAGAGAACCUGGCUGAGCAGCUUCUUGAUCUUCCGUGGUCACUCUGCAAAGUGA